CCGUCGCUGUCUAUGGGGAAAUUUCCGACAGCUCGUGAAGGCAUCGCCAGUCUCAUUGUGGCCCUGUAGAUCUAACGCCAUCACACGCAGCGGCUACUACGGAGCAGCAGGGCAGUAGAACAACAGGGCCACCGCCGCCGCCGCUCAGCCUUUAUUACCGACACAUUCGUUCAGCUUAAAGCGAUGGAAUACGGCGCUGUGGGACAUUAGUGCCGCUUAUAUCGGGCCUGUGUGUGUUUUUUUUUUGGUGGUGCACAAAGCAAUGUGGAGGAAAUAAAGAUCCUGAUACGGCGCAUAAACCAGAGAUUAUAGAUAAUGGGCUGUGUGCAAUGCAAGGAUAAGGAGGCAACCAAACUCACAGACGACCGAGACGCCAGCAUCUCCCAGGGAGCCGGAUACCGCUAUGGGGCCGACCCAACGCCGCAGCACUAUCCCAACUUUGGGGUCACCGCCAUUCCCAACUACAACAACUUCCACGCCCCCGUCGGACAGGGGGUGACCGUCUUCGGGGGGGUCAACACCUCCUCUCACACCGGGACCCUGCGGACCCGUGGAGGGACAGGAGUCACUCUCUUUGUGGCACUUUAUGACUAUGAGGCACGGACAGAGGAUGACCUGAGCUUCAGGAAAGGAGAAAGGUUCCAAAUCCUCAACAGCACUGAGGGGGACUGGUGGGACGCGCGCUCGCUGACCACCGGGGGCAGCGGUUACAUCCCCAGUAACUACGUGGCUCCAGUAGACUCCAUCCAAGCUGAAGACUGGUACUUUGGUAAACUGGGCCGCAAGGACGCAGAGAGACAGCUGCUGUCCACUGGCAAUCCUCGGGGCACCUAUCUGAUCCGAGAGAGCGAAACCACAAAGGGGGCCUUCUCCCUGUCCAUACGGGACUGGGAUGAUGUGAAAGGAGAUCACGUCAAGCACUAUAAGAUUCGUAAGCUGGACAGUGGAGGAUAUUACAUCACCACCAGGGCUCAGUUUGACACGCUGCAGCAGCUGGUUCAGCACUACUCGGACCGCGCUGCAGGCCUCUGCUGUCGCUUGGUGGUUCCCUGCCACAAGGGGAUGCCCCGCCUCGCCGACCUGUCAGUGAAAACCAAAGAUGUGUGGGAGAUCCCACGGGAGUCGCUGCAGCUCAUCAAGCGCCUGGGGAACGGGCAGUUUGGGGAGGUUUGGAUGGAGGGUGCGGAUGGUUUGUGCUUUAAUUUAACGGGCGUGUGCAUGAACUACAUCCCCGACACUGUGGGCUUGAGCCACGAUGCCUGGGAGAUCAGCAGAGACGCCCUGAACCUGGAGGAGCAGCUGGGGACGGGAUGCUUUGCUGAAGUGUUCUACGGAACGUGGAACGGCACCACCAAAGUGGCGGUGAAGACGCUGAAGCCCGGCACCAUGUCCCCCGAGUCGUUCCUGGAGGAGGCUCAGAUCAUGAAGAAACUCCGCCACGACAAGCUGGUGCAGCUGUACGCCGUGGUGUCUGAGGAGCCCAUCUACAUCGUUACAGAGUACAUGAGCAAAGGCAGCCUGCUGGACUUCUUAAAGGACGGAGAGGGACGAGCGCUGAAGCUGCCCAACCUGGUGGACAUGGCAGCACAGGUGGCAGCAGGCAUGGCCUACAUCGAGAGGAUGAACUACAUCCACAGAGACCUGCGCUCGGCUAACAUCCUGGUGGGAGACAACCUGGUGUGUAAGAUCGCCGACUUCGGUCUGGCCCGGCUAAUCGAGGACAACGAGUACACGGCCCGGCAAGGAGCAAAGUUUCCCAUCAAGUGGACGGCCCCGGAGGCGGCACUGUACGGCCGCUUCACCAUCAAGUCAGACGUUUGGUCGUUCGGCAUCCUGCUGACGGAGCUGGUGACAAAGGGCCGCGUGCCGUACCCAGGCAUGAACAACCGUGAGGUUCUGGAGCAGGUGGAGCGGGGCUACCGGAUGCCGUGCCCCCAGGACUGCCCCAGCUCGCUGCACGAGCUCAUGCUGCAGUGCUGGAAGAAGGACGCCGAGGAGAGGCCCACCUUCGAGUACCUGCAGGCCUUCUUGGAGGACUACUUCACAGCCACCGAGCCUCAGUACCAGCCUGGGGAUAACCUCUAAACACCCGCCGCCCUCCAUCCCCAAAAAAACCUACCCGCUGUCCCCAUGUCCUCCCCCUCCGACCCUGCAGCCCUUCAGGGCUCAGGUGGAACUGCUGCUGGGGGCGGGGCUGACCCCAGAAGUGCUGUAUUUAAAUAAGAAAACCCAACAGACUGUGGAGCAGCCAGGCUUCUAGUUCCAGGGAUCUGUUCAGCUUCCUCAGCUCAACUCGAGCCUCUCAGAUUUUCCUUCCUGCAAAAAAAGAAUAAAAACCCGACUCUGACUCCCUGGGUGUCCUAACCCAGCAGAUGAAGGCUCACAAACUGAACCCGGAUGGGGGGGUGAGGCGGUUGGGUAGAGGGGAGCGCUCAUGCAAAGAAAUAACCUGUAUUCUCUGUAAAUAAGAAAAGCUUGUUUUAGUUUGUCUGCCUCUGUUCCAGAUUUUAUUUUCUCCUGCACAAAAAUAAUAAUGAAAAGACAAACAGCAGGGAGAGGAGCGCCGAGCAGCGCAUGGAUCAGGCAGAAGCUCCAGUGUUAUUUUUUAAGAUUAAAUCUGAUGCCUCAUUCUAUUUUUUUUUUUUCCUGGAAAAAAAAUCCUCCCGUAAAUCAUGACUUCAUUACAGAAGAGGAUUUAGGGCCACU